AUGCGGCUGCUUACACAUAACUUUCUCGCCUGCCUGAAGUGCGACACGUACCCCCUCCUCGUCACCGCCGCGGAGACGGAGGAGAUUCCGGUAGAGUACGACGCCGAGUUCACGCGCCGCAUGCUGGCGCGUGUCGACUACGCAAGUCUGCGCACCACCUUUCACGCGCUGCGCGAGGCGCACGACUCUGUGCGUGGGCCGUCCCACGACGAGGGCGCUGAUACGGCCGAGGCGGCGUCGGCAUCGGCUGAGCUGCCAGAGACGAUGGAGGGCGCUGACUUCAGCGACACGAGCGCGUUCCUGCGCACGGUGCACUACGCCAUGAACGUCGUGGCGGUGCGCAACGGCACGCUGGAGUGUCCGGCGUGCAAGACGACGUUUUCGAUUCACGAUUUCAUUCCGAACUUCGUGCUGGAGGCGAAGUAG